UGUUAAAAUUCGUGAUUGGCUAAAAAAUAAACGGGUUAUCUUAUAAAUUGAGAAUGUCGGGAGCGGUUUUAAGACUUAGACAACUCUCCAAGAAGGCGAUCUUCGACUAGAAAUCAGGAAUUGGAAUCGUCUACAAGCCAGCAAAUAUGAAACUUAUCUUGUUGCUGUGUCUGACUGUCGCGGCAGUCUACGGCCAGACAUGUCCCAGCAGCAGUCCUGACGCCGAGUUUGGAAGCGACAUGUCGUUUUCUCCAAGCAAGAGGAAAAGUGCUGAAGAAUUCAAAGCCGAAAAAGCGCUUGAGGGCAAAAUUGGACGUGAUGCUGUUGCAGCGAUGAAGUCGGCAGAUAGGUGCGAAUCUUCUAGGGUGCGGCGGGCGGCCGCCGCCGCCAAACUACAAAGCAUCGCACCUAACUGGUGGUAUUACUGGCAGAGGAACUGCGAGCCGUGUCCACCAAACGCCAGAAUCUUGUACAGAUUCCACAGGAACAGAUGUUUCGUCAUCUUCGCACCAUGGCAGCAAGUCCGGGUAGUAACAUGCAGCCGCAAGAAAUGUGCAAGUCCCUGUAACUGCGGCAACUCCUUCUGCUUUCCCACGGCGUGGACUAGAGUAUGGUUCUUUGGAUGGUGCAGUACCAACAUCGGUGGAUGGAGGGCGGGUAUCAACUUCCACUAUCUAUAUCUGCCUCAGGACUGUACCUGUUACGAACAAAUAUUCUACAGAAAACGCAUAGGUUAACAAGUGCAAAGCUUGCACACAAACAAACAUGGCAAUGUGACCAGUUGAAAGGAAUAACAUUGUCAUCAUCAAAUAUGUUUGUUUUUUAAAGGUCCGUCAACGCCCAGCUUCGCGCAAGGAUUAACACCUGUAAACCUUGCACCAAAACAAAACAAAACCCGAAAGACUGUCAUCAUCAAUGUUUGUUUAAAAAAUAAAUAUCAAUGAAGUACA